CCUGCCCUCUUUCGCCGCGGCCGUGGGAAUGGAUACACCUGCCCACGUGCGGAAAGCCAGGUGGCAAUGACAACGACCACUACCACCAUAACCGCGGUACGUUCCAUCUCCUGCCCUGCUGACCCUCAGCGCUUGUCCUCUCGCAACCAGCUCACAGGAAUGGCCACAAGCAGUCAAGGGCAUUUUGACGCUUAUGAGGCACUGGAUCUUACAGAAUUUGCCAAAAACCAGCCUUGGUGGCGCAAGCUUUUCGGGCAGGAAACGCGGCCUUCAGGCGAGAAGUACAGCGUGGCAACUCAGCUCCUGAUCGGUGGUGUCACCGGCUGGUGCACUGGCUUCAUAUUCCAGAAAGUUGGGAAGCUGGCUGCCACAGCGGUGGGAGGGGGCUUUUUUCUCCUUCAGCUGGCAAAUCAUACUGGCUACAUCAAAGUUGACUGGAAGCGAGUAGAGAAGGACAUGAAAAAGGCCAAGGAGCAACUGAAAAUUCGGAAGAGCAACCAACUACCAAAUGAGGUUAAGAGCAAAGCUGAGGAGUUGGUGUCCUUUGUGAAGAAGAAUGUUUUAGUGACUGGAGGAUUUUUUGGAGGCUUUCUGCUCGGUAUGGCAUCCUAAGGGAUUAGUUUGCAAUAACCCAUCUAGUUGGGUUCUCUACUUCAGGGCCUCGUCUACUUCAAUCAAACGUCAGCUGGAUGAAAUUUUCUUCUAGAAGCUUCAAGGAGAAGAAUUUGCUUUCGGGCUCUUAGGUUUUGGGGU